CGAGAGACUCCCCAGGCGAUGGCCGCCCCGAUAACUAAUCGGAAACUACUCGGGGCCGGCGGUUCCCUUUACAUUAUCGUCACCAAGGACCUUUUCGAAAGUUGUACCUUCCGGGACCAUUGUGACGCCCACGACAUACAGGUGAUGGAUCUACUCGACCCCGUUCCGACUUACGUUUACAAGGCGUGUCUACUCCACACAGUGGAAUACAACCUGGCACCGCAGUGGAACAAAGUCGGGCUGUACCUCGUCGAGGGACAAGAUUUUCUCAGCUCAACGGGAAGCGUCAAAGCGAUCACGCUGAAUAUCAAAGACAUUCGCGACAACAGCGCUCAGUUUCACGUGGAAGCUGUAAAUCUCAAAAUACCAUUCUUAAGACUGAAUACCAUGCGUCCUCUUCAACAUGAUUUGCAGCCGCCAGUACGCGUCCUACCGAGCUUGAAAAUGGCGAAUGUGUUGAGCAUAUCGAGAGAAAUUAAGAAAAAGUACCUGUUCAAGGAUUACGAGGACCUGCGCGCGUAUUGGAAAAAUAUGCACGGCUAUAUAUUGCCAGAUUACGAGGAAGGACUCUUAUUUUACGAUCUCGAGUUCUUCUAUUUCAAGUCAAGCAUUUUCGUAUAUCCUGAAACGUGCUUGACCUCAGGACCUCUACAAAUUCUUCCGCUUACGAUGGAUCCGGUAUCCAGGAUUUACAAAUUUGCGGGAGAUCUGAGAGGAAGAGUGACGAAAUUAUGCGGGCAGCAAUUGGACGUAUGCCCGGUGAAUACGUAUGAAGCAGCUGUUAUAGCUUGUACACCGAUGUUACCAAGGGUUAAUAAAUUUUCAGCCCGCGAUACAGGAUAUGGUACAAGAUCAAGAAUUAGCAGCGUGACGCCUUUGCCUCGGGCAAUUGCGUGCGAUAUUCCCACAAAACGGUCGCGAUUAUCACUACCAGGGAUUAAUGAUUCUCUUACGUGCAAGACCGAGAUUGACGAUUUCGAUUUAGCAAUCGGUCCAACGUGUUCAACGAGUAAUUUUGAUAAAUUGCUUAAAACUGCUGGUAGUAUUUCAACGGUAUUGUACGACGCAGAUAGUGCUGUGGCCAGCAAACCAAUUGUACAGAAAGAUGAAAGCAACUCGCAUUAUUUUAAGCAAGAAAAAUCCGAGAGCAAACCUAUGGUGGAGUUGACGGAAAAAGAAGAGAAGCCCGAUAAACAAAAACUAAAGGAAAAAUUGUUAAGGAACUUUUAAGAAAAUAUUCUUGCGAUUUGCCGUCUCAAUAACAAUUAUUAUUACUCGUUUUUUUAUAUCUAAAACAUAGUAUUAUAUCA